UUGGCCUGGAGGCAUUGGCACGUUUUUAGCAUAUCAUUCUUCUAAUUUGUAUCUUUUUUUUGAUGAAAUUAGUCUCUUUUAAACUACCGACACGGUGUAUGGCUUUAACUAGGCUCGGCUGGAAACGGUUGGUUCGUCGAGUUUAAUGAAAACGAGGUCAGUCUCAGACUACCGUUAGACCCUCCUGGCGGACUUUUUUUUCUCGUUUAUUUUUUUUGUAGAUAAAGCCACCGAACAAGACCGAUAACAAUGUCGUUGACUGCUUCGUCUGAUUAUUUUGCCGCCGAGUGUCUCGUGUCGAUAUCCAGCGGUCCUGUCCUCCACAGACCCACCCCGGUCGCCCCCGCCAGUCAGCGGGCCCCGAUGGGCCUGCUCCCCGGGGAGCCCGAGGUGUCGUGUGAGGACAGGGAAGUGCGGGAGGCUCUGAGGCUGGAGGGGGCCAACAUGAUGGCGGUGGCCGGUAUCCUCACCGACCUAUACGGAAAGUUCCGCCCCAUGUCGGCCUACUCGGAGAGCAGCAACUCCUCGUGUGGUGGGGAGAGCGGUUACACCACGUUGUCCGAUCCCACCACCCCUACCAUGACCCCCUCUGCCACCCCUGUCCCCGGACAGCAGCAGCUCAGGGGGGGAGGAGGCGUGGGGCCCCCGCGGUCCCCGGUGAAGCGACAUCAGUGUACUUUUGAUGGAUGCGACAGAGUUUACGGGAAAUCGUCCCACCUGAAGGCACAUAUCCGGACACACACAGGUGAGAGGCCUUUCCCAUGCUCCUGGCCCGACUGUGAAAAGAAGUUUGCCCGCUCUGAUGAGCUCGCCCGCCACACCCGCACCCACACGGGGGAAAAACGCUUUCUGUGCCCACUAUGCGAUAAGCGCUUCAUGCGCAGCGACCACCUGAUCAAGCAUGCCCGUCGCCAUCCUGACUUCAAGCCCUCCAUGUUGGGCCGUAACAAGGGCACGUCCUCCUCUCCCAGCUCGGUCCUGCACCAUUAGAAUGGCUUGCGUUGGGUUUCCAGAAGGUCACAGUGGUUUCAUGUUAACCAGCUACAAUCAGAUCCACUGAUUAGGCUUUAGCAUCGCUGUGUUGUACUCAAAAUUGCACAUUACACACACAUACACACCACACACACACACACGCACACAGACAGACAGAGGGCUGGAUGCGAGGUUGAAGCCUUUUCCUCCCUCCAUCAACAUUGAUGAUUCAUGUAACCACUAUCCAUCUGCUUAACAGAACGAGGGUUGGGUACCUGGAAUGCUCCAAAUCCAUAGAGGUGGGGAUUCGUUGAGAAAUGUGCUUUUUGAUUCCACUUAUCGUUUCCUGAAAACUGAGUUUGGACCUAAGCUCUUCAUUUACAUUUCCGGUUACACGUGUCUCAAAGUACGUGUAUAAUGUUUACAAAAUGACGGACUGGAGCUAGUUUAUAAAAGUGCGGCUACGCUUCAGACAAGACCAUAAUUAUGCACGGAAAUUGAAUCACUAAAUGAAAAUACAUUCAUGCGAGGGUAAACAGUCUGCCUAAUAUGACAACUCAUUUAUGACGGAAUGGUUUGAGAAUCAAACAUUUUAGAUGUCCUGUAUCAUGACAGUUAAACUAAAUGAAACAUUUUUUAUUGAUCACAUAACCAGUCGUUUGUUUCCUUAGUCCACUCAGUUACUUACAGGAAAAAUCAAUUUACUUCAUCACAUUGAUGCAAAACUCCUGUAAACCUAAUUAUACCAUAAAGCCGUCGUGCUCAUUGAUUGCCUCACAAUGUUUUCGGGCUUUAUUGCUUCAUAGAGCAAAAUCAAAUGGAAAACCAUUAAACUUGGCUCAAUUAAGAUUAUUUAUAAAUUUUCAUUUUUUAACCAAGAACAAAUUGCUAAAACGUUGUCAUUUAUUACUUGCAUAUGGCAGACUAGACCUACAAAUAAAUGUGUUUUCCACUUUCAACAUUUUGGUUUCUUUUCUUACUCAGGAUUCGAUUAGAAAGGGAAUCAUUAAGCAGAUUUGAAUCGAUGAACCCAACCCUAACAAUAACUACAUUUUCUCAAAAACUCACAACUUGCAGGGAUUUUUCAAAUUUUCUGUAACAAUCUUCACACUCAUCAAAAGCCAAAACUCCUCGGUUUUCAUGUGGUUCAUUUGUAGAUUGUUGUUCUGCUCUUCAGUUCCAUUUAUUUACCAUGAGUAGCACAAUGUUGUGAUGUUAGGUAGCGAGGCAGUGACUAGGAGCCUUUUAGAUAAUUUUUUUUAGCUUUGCUCAUUCCAUAUAAAAGUUUUAGUUGUGACAUAUUCUUUCAUUUCUUUCUUGCAUUGGUAACCAUCAUUGAAUGAAUUUUAUAAUAUUUUCUAUACAUCCAAUUUAGUGAUCAAAUGUUGAUUUUUGCCAGAAAGUGGAUCAAACUACAGGAGCAGUUUGCACGCCAUCCUUAAGUCUAGAUCAGUUAUCACUCAUGAAAGGCUGGCACAUAAUACACAGUAGUAUUAUGUCUAAUACUGAUGCAAAUGUACAUAAGCUUUAAGCUUCUAAAGUAGAUAAAUGCUAAUGCUACUAGCAGCAGAAUUAACAUGUGAUGAAUUGUAGUCCUUAUAUUAGGGGUAACGGUAUACUCUUGAUAGGAUGGCAUUGCCUGUGAGUGUCGGUGUGUAUGUAUUUUUUUAUUUACAUUUUUGUUAGCGACAGAACUGGGAAAAGUAUACUAUGAUGUCAAACUAUUUUUUGUGGGGAAAAAGAUGACAUGUUGAGCUUGACUUUCAGCCUGCUGCCUUCAAAGUAAAAGUCUUCAUCCCACUCGUCAGGGAUGUGAAGCCAGGCGGCAGAACGCAUUUUAGGAUCAGGUGUGCCAGGUUGUUCUCUAUGGUUUAAGUUUCAGCAGCAAAAUAACCAGAAGUCUAACCUGACCUUUAUUAAAAUGCACAUUUUGACUUGUAGGUGUCAUUGAGCCAGCAGGCACGUGUGUACGGAAUAUAGCCAAUGUUGUUAUUGGUUACGCCUGUGCUUGACAAGUCAAAAUAUCCAAUGCAAUAAAGACGCGUUUCACUGUUGGAAAAACAGUUGAAGAUGUGUGGAGAACCUGUUCAUUCUAUUUUAGGGAAACUGACACCUAAAUAUUCCUAUAUGCCAAAAAAAGUCAAUCAGCCAUGUAAUUCAGGAAAAAUAACAUUCAUCAGCAGAACUCAAGUAAUUUAGAUAUUUCAAAUCUAUUCAAUGACUUCCAGUAUCCUGGUCUGAUUAUAGAGGUAGAAUCAUUUAUUUCUUUUUUUGGUGAUGUUUCCACACUGUUUGUCCAGCGCAUGGACAUCUUCCUUUAUCUCAGUGAACAACACUUAAAGCCUUAAACUGUCAUAACUACUUCGCACCAUGUUUACAGUUGGAUCCUUGGAGAGGUAUAUAUGCCCGCAUGUGGGCUCAUCACAGAUACUCAUUAUGCAAUAUGGCACUUUUUUCUUACAGGUGUAUUUGGCUGAAUAGUGUAAUGGCUUGCACUGUUACUAUCUACGAGCAAGCGCUGUGGAACUCGUGUGUCGAUAACCAAUGGUUUGUAAAACCGCCUUUUUGUCCGAGUUCUUCAGAAAGCGUGAUACAAUAAGUUUGUGGUAGUUUUCAUUUGUGUGGCGUAGUCAUCCAGACCAUCUCUUGUGAUUGAAUAUGUCUUUUUUUAUUUUCUAUAUACAGUAGAUCUUUUGACUUGGACUCCUCCACAUUCAGACUUCUGCCGUCUUCCUCAUUCAUGUGUCAAACCCUCUUUGCCGUUUCACUGUUGAUCUCAUUUCCAUGGGAGCUGAACUCUGGAGUGAAUGUGAUGCUUUGAAGUUUUGUACACAUUUCUUUUUCGGAAGUUUGAUCUGUUGACAGUUUUCGGUUGCUGCUGGCAGUAACGACACAUGGACUGUUUAAGGAACACACACAAUAUAUUCAAAGCUAUAAUAUCACAAUAACAACAUACCUCACUGAUUAUUUUUUUUCUAUCGGUGUCUUUACAAAAUCCAUCCCGACUCUUUCAGAAAGUCCUGAAUAGCCAUCAAACCUUGGAUUUCAGAAAUGAGUUGGCAUCAGCUCGAUGGUGUGCUAUGUACCGUGCCCUUAUCUUGUCUUUAUAUGCAACAUCACUACUACCUGUACAGCAGCAGAAUUUCAUUUUUCCUGCCUCAAUGAACUUCUGUUGUUAAGUCAGUAGCAAAUUAAUCUCUGGGAUAAAUCAAGCCCAGCCGGAGUCUUGGUGGUCCAGGGAAAGACUCGCUGCUGCUGCUCAAAGGGUAUUCAAAUGUAGAGAACAAAUAUCUAAACUGUCACUUCACUGCAGAUGGAAAAAGCUCAGUCCAAAUCCUUUAGUUCAUAUCGCUGAAUGUGGCUUGAUGACAGACGAGCGUUGUCCACUUUGGAUUUCAUUUUUUGCUGAUGGGCUGAGAAAGAAGAUGCCAUGAUUUUGCUCGUCACCACACUAAUUCAGAUAUGCACAUUGUACAAAAAUGGAUGUUUUUUUAAAUUGAUGCCUACUUUUUACAUUAAUGUAAUUUUUAAUAACUUGUCAAAGCUUUAGUUAAGGUAAAGAGGAGGAACUGUGGAACUAAAUAACUGCUGCAACAAGUCGUUUUGAUAUUUAUAUUCUCAGGUGUCUUACAUUUUGAGCAUUGGGAGUUUCAAUAUUUCCUGUGCAACACCUAAGUACAAGCAUGUUUUACUUCUUUUGUUGUGCUGAUUAAUUUAUUCCAAAAAUGUGUGUGGUUUAAAUAUUCUUUUCAUUAGUCAUUUUGUGAUUUGGAACAGUGCUAAUAUAAAAUGUUCCAUUGUUUGCUUGACAUGAUAAUACCAGUGCUUUUUUAAGAAUUAAAACAUUUAAGUUGA